CUUUAUUCGCCGCUUUAUUCUUUAUUUAUCGAAUCGGAGGACAGUCGUCGUGUGCACAGCCGAAGCGUUCAACGUUGAAAAGUCUCGCGAAGUUCAUAGUUAAAUAGCACGCUUUGUUAUUGAAUUAGAAAUCCUUACCUACUUUGAGAACGAAAUAAAAACUAGUGACAGAAAGUGAAAUACCCUGCGGAAUAGAACAAAAUCCACCCUUCUGGAAAAAGUUGGUUGAUAUUGACAAAGCCGAACGAAAUGGAUAGAAAUCGAGAAAAAGAAUAUCUGGAGUUGGAACACAGCCAACAACACCCGAUUCAACAGUUUGAACAAUACCCACCACCAAUGUAUGAUCAGACGCCACAAAUGACUUGGGAACAACUAGAUCUGCAAGCUCGUUGUCAACAGUUUCAUCAUUUUCCACCGUCAACAUCCAAUCAGACACCAGGGACUUGGGAACAACUAGAUCUGCAAGCUCGUCGUCAACAGUUUCAUCAUUUUCCACCGUCAACGUCCAAUCAGACACCAGAAACGACUUGGGGACAGCUAGAUCUGCAGCUUCGCCGUCAGGAACGACACCGCAUUCAGGAGCCGACACGUGACAUACCGAAGCCUGCUAGCCAAAAGCAGCAGAAAGCGAAACAUGCAAUUUUGAAGAAAAUUCGAGCAUUAAAAACUUACAACAAAAAAUCUUGGCGAAUGGCGGCUGACGUUAUUGCUCAUGUAAAACAAUCAAAUCUAAGUUCGGGAGAUAAACGUGCGUUGGAAAAUGCAAUAAAAGAAGAGUUUGAUGAGCUGCGAGAUAAAGUUUUUGGUGCACUCCACCGCUCCACCCGUAACGAAUUGAUGCCGUAGAAUUUGAAUGAAAUCGGUAUGUAUAGUGCAAUGUUGUGAACUAGCGUAAACGAACAAAUGUAUGUAUUGUCUUAUUCUUUUAUGAACACAUUUACAUAAAUACACAUGCGAACAUAACUUGUUGAAUAAA